UCUCUUCAACGAGAGUUACGCCCAAGAAACGAUCCUUCAUGAUCAUAUGUGAACAAAUUUUGUAUAAAAAAUUUAAAAAUGCUCAAAAAAUUAACCUAUUUGAUCUAGCUAUAGACGAAAAAAGAAAAUUAUUUAUUUUGGGAAUUAAUCAUGAUAUAUCGAUUUUUCAUUUAUUAAAAUUUCAAUUCGUAAGAAAGAUAGAAGCUCAUCAAGAUGAUAUAAAAUGUUUGAUAUACACAUCAAAUUUCGAAUAUUUUUUCUCUGGUUCUAUAGACAAGGUUGUAAUACAAUGGUCUGCAGAAAAUUUUCAACCAAUCCUUAAAUUUAUAUUUCAAGAACCUCUACUCUGCUUAUCGUACAAUAAUAAUUAUCAAAUAUUAUUAGCUUGCAGUUCUACUGAAUAUGGCCUAUGGAUUAGUUCUAAAAAAUCAAUAGAAAAGCAUUAUUUAUAUAAUAUAAACUGUUGUAAAUGGAAUAAUAAAGGAAAUCAUUUUGUUUUAGGCCUAAGUAAUGGUUCUAUAUUUAUAGGAGAUGAAAAUGGUGAAAAAAUAUUAAAUUUCAAAACUCAUAAAAAUCCUAUUAUUUCUAUAGUAUGGAUUCAAAAUGAUGUAUUAGUUGCCUUAAAUGAUGAAGGUCUGCUAAGCUUUUACAAUGCCAAUGGAGAACAGACCAAUAAAUCGAAGACGUUAAGCUUUAAAGCCACGUUGCUGGUAUCUGUGCAACCAGCGGAAAGCUAUUGCGAUUACAUUAUCGUAGGUGGCGUGAUGGGUAUAUUCGAAAUAUAUAACAGAGAUGGAAUCGAGAUUACGAACUCAACCAUUCUACCUUCCCCCAUGGCCGAUGAUAUCAAAUCCGGAAAUAUUACUUGUUGCGCCAUUUAUCAUUCCGAAUCUCGUCAGGAUAACUUUAUGUUAUUCGGGACCAAUCUAUGCGAAAUAUGUUCGCAUAAACUCAACUUGGGUAUCGAGAUUAUACACGCCAUCUAUUUUAACGUGUACGCCUUCGUCCAAAUAUCUACCGAUAUAAUUGUCCAGGAUUUAUUGAGUCAUAAGAAAGCAAUAAUAAAAUGCAGAGAUGUCAUAACCAACGUAGCCUUGUAUCGUAACAAAUUGAUGGUUUUGACAAGAGGAAACAAACUUAUCGUAUACGAAUCCUCCUUGACUCCCGACAAAUCUUUGCACUACAGAAUUGUGGAGCGCCAUGUUGACGUGUUUGAUUCCAUCGAUAUACCUCCCCCAUUCGCUAAGGAUAAACCUAAAAUUCGCGGCGAUCUAAGGAUGAUAAUAGAUAAAAAUCACGCGUAUUUGUUGAUAAACGCGUUGGACGAAAAGAGCAAAUGCUUGAUUUUGAGGAGGACUUGUGUAAGUAGCGCUGACGUAAAUAACCGGGCCUCUUAUUCCGGCGUAAAUCCAGAGUGGCAAUAUCAUAGAUAUAAUUUCGCCAUUUUAUCGGCAAUUUUGUUGCAAUCGGACAGAUGUUUGUACGUUUUAGGCGCGGAUAUUCGGAUAUAUCAGCUGUCCUUCGAUAAUGACGCGUCAAGCAUUAGCGUCCCGCAUGCAAGGAGCAUAGUAAUCCCUGUCGAGAUUUAUCGGUACAAAAACAUGUCCGAUUUUUCGAGUAUUACGGGUUCGCUCUUUAUAAACCACCCGUUUAACAUGUCAUUGGCCUGCAUUUUAAAUGUCCGCCGCCAAGUUGGUAGCGAUUCGAAGAACAAUGCCAAUUGUAACGUCGAAGGGUUGAUCGGUAACGAGAGCACUAUGAUAAUUUUGCCUCUGGAUCUCAAUUUACGUGACAAAGGGAAAGGAAUCAGCUUAUGCUACGAAGAAAAAUUCGGUAAGAAAUCGAUAACUAGCUUCAGUUGGCAUCAACACGCUCCCACCAUGUAUUGCUACCUCGCGGAACGUGAACCGCAUUUGAAGGACGCCGAGCUAGACGGCGUCCAUGUAUCUCUCACCGUUUGUUACGACAACGAAAUUUUAUAUCAAUUGGACGACUUACAAAAAGGUUGCAAGAUUUUAUUUUUUGACGCGAACAUAAUUUACCUACUAUCUGUUACAUCUUCCGAAUCACCCUUUUCAAUAAUCAUACCGCUAGAAAUUGUUAUAGAUCGCUUGUCUGUCAAAAAAUUAUACGGCGAAUGCGUACAAAUUCUGGAGGGAUGUUAUAAUAUCGGUGAUCUCGGUCAGCAAGAUAACAAGACACCUGACAAUGUGGAACUAGAAAAUAUGUUUUAUAAACUUGGUAGUGCCGCCUUUAUAGCAUCGGAUUUAAGGGCUGCCUUAAAAUGUUUAGCUUUUUCUAAGACCCAUCGUUUUAUAUCCCAGUCUCUAUUUUUGGAAGAUGUAUUGAGCCAUAAUCUGUGUCAGGAUUCUGCAGAUAAGGGCGGCUCAAAGGGUAUACUUGAGUACCUCGAAGCGCGUUUAAUGAAACCCGAUAUCUCGAAACCUUUGCAAACUAAACUCUCUAAACAACCGUCUCUCGUCACAAUCGAUUCUGUCAAUCGGAUCAGUCCGAAUCACGAUGUUCGUAAAAUCGAGUCUGACGUGAGUGAUGAUAAGAAGUGCGAAGCAUCAGCGAACCAGGAGGAUUUGAUUGAUCAAGGCAAAUACCAAGAGGCUUUUGAAUAUUUCUCCGAAAAUAAAUUGAAUGAUAAAAUUCUUGAUUUGGGAACGCUACUUAUUACUAAAUUACGGGAAACUGAUCGCGAAAAGGAGCCCCGCAAAUUACUAAACGUAGCCUUGCUCAGUGGAAACAUCCUCUACCACAGCAGCCGGUUUCAACCUGGUUCGAACGAUUUUAGGAGAUGUCAAAAUUAUUACGAACAGUUGUUGAACCUUUGCGACAGUAAGGAAGCUAACAUUUGGGAUUUGGAGAUCCGCGAAAAAUGGAAAAUAAUUUUUAACAGACUCUUAUGUUUGUACUUUACAUCUAUGUCGGGUUGCAUUGCCGCCACCCGAAUUAAUGGCAGCAAGAAUCAGGAUACCAAUGCCGGUAAUUGCGAUAUCAGCGUUAGUCUAUCCGCAGAAAAACUGAACCAAAACCUCUUAAUGUUGUGCGACAGAUAUAGGAAUACAUUCCCCGGCGACCAAAAACUUUAUGUUGCUUACUUCGAUAAUCUUGUCGAGAUGGAAUUAUUUGAUCCGAUUGAAGAUAUUUUAAAGACCAAAGAUAUUGAAGGACUAACGAAUGUUAACCUAGAAUCCCUGUUAGGAGAUAUGAUCGAUUGCGCUAUAAAUCAAAAGUGUUAUCGAGACGUUUCCUAUUAUUAUAACGUUCUAGCCAAUCGUGUUAUCAAACAAAAUUCAACCAUUUCCGUUAGACUGGCUACGUGCUUGCGCAAUUCCGAGUUAUAUUACGUGUACGAUAAAAUCUAUCAAUUUUCGGUUAACCCUUUUUCGUUGCAUACCAAUGAAGACGUAUAUAAUAUGUGUCGGUACUUAUUUCCUCGCCUCGCUCAUCAAACCAAAGAUCGCGAUUAUCCUCUAGCACCUAAAGGAAUUUCCGUAUAUAAAGUGGCUUGGUUAUUACUGGAAUUAACCAUAAAAUUGAAAAUAUUAUCCCCGAAUUUGAUGAAAAGCCUAAAUGAUUGCAUCCAUCGAUUCACCCCAAACGAGGAUACGUUGAUUGAGUAUCAAAUGGAGUCUACUCUUGAUUUGAUGAAUUUUAAUCUGGUCGGUAUUGAUAGCACGAAAGAAAAAUUUAUUAACCAUCACCAUCUGGGCAUCUCCUCCAUCGAUAGGAACCGUUUGUUGUUGAAUCUAAAAUACAUAAUAUCUCAAAGCACCAACCAUGAGAAGAUAGAAACAAAUUAUAAACGCAACAUAUUUUGUUAUUCCUGCGAGGACUACACCGAUAUUUGGAUAGAUAUGACAGAUCAAGUGCAUCAAUUCGAGUCCAAAUGCUCGCAAUGUCGAAACCCCUUUAUAUUUUCCUUUCUGAGUUUUGAAAUAUUGCCAUUAGCCCUUAUAUAUGCUAUCAAUGAAGACGAUUUAAAAAUUACUAAUAAUGAUGGUAAUAAUAAUAGCAAACAUGCCUAUAAACUCCAAGAAAUUGACAAAAUGCUUAAAUCUGGCGAAGUUUUUGAGGUAGCGAACGAUUAUUGUACUUUGAAUGAUAAUAAUAGCGUUAAAAAUCACGAUAACUUUUAUUACUUUAAAAAUGCUUUGCCGGAUAUAUCUAUCACUCAAUGUAAUCGAUGCUAUAAGAUGUUUUAUUCCGAAGAAUGGGAAUUUCACAUUAUUCAAUAUAGAGAAUGUCCCUUUUGCAGAGUGCCCAUUAAACAUCCUCCUUGAAGUUUUUAUGUGGAAAAUAAUAUAUUUAUUUUUUAAAUAAAUGAUUGUUAUAUUUUGUAUAUUAAAUAUAAUUUUUAUAUCUUCUAUUAUAUAAUGUUUUUUUUUAUAUGAAAAAAAAUUUUAAA